AUGGCAUUCUACCUUCUCCUGGCUCCUCUGCUAUUGAUGGCCAAAGCUUCUGCUCACCCACACUUCAUCUCUCACUUCUGCAUUGACACCGCUCGUAACUUCACAGCCAACAGUACCUUCAAGACCAAUCUUCACCAUGUUCUCUCCUCCAUCACCACCGAAAAAAAACUCAGCUACGGCUUCUACAGAUUCUCUCAUGGACAAGGCUCUGACAUAGCCAAUGCCGUCGGUGUUUGUAUACCCGACAUCAAGCUUGAAUCGUGUCGAAGCUGCCUCAACGACUCUGUUCAUCUUCUAACGAAGCUCUGUCCUAACCAGAAAGAAGCAAUUGGAUGGUAUGAAAAUUGCUUCCUGCACUACUCAAGUCGACCCUUGUCAAACCAAAUGGAUAUCAGGCCAAUUUUCAUGACUCAAUCGACAGAAAACGCAACGAACACAGCUCGGUUUAUUCCAAGGCUAAGAAUCUUGUUGAAUAGUCUGAAAAGCAGAGCUUCUUUAGGUGAUUCUCUACACAAAUAUGCAGUUGGAAAUAUGUCAAGUUCAGGGCUGGAAACAAUAUACGCUCUUGUCCAAUGCCUACCUGAUUUAACUACACAACAAUGUGACGAUUGCUUGUCUUCCAUUUUCAAGAAAUUCCCAGAUUGUUGCAGCCGAUCCGCUGGGAUUUUCACCCCCAGCUGCAUGGUGAAUUAUAAACCAACCCGCUUCUUUGACAAUAGUAGGCCAACUCUGCCGCCAACUCCGCCAUUGAUGGCAAUAUCUACAGCGUCAUCGACCAGUAACGAAACUCGGGCAGUAGGGACAAAGAAUGUGAACACCAGAAUUCAUAUUGUGAUCAUAAUGGUUCUGUCGGUACUUUCUUGCUGGAUUUUGAUAGUCUGCAUCUACAUGUUUCUGAGAUCCAGGAGGAUUGAGCAGAGAGUUGAGACUAAUUAA